AUGAGUGAAAGUUUAGUAUCUUUAGAUGACAUUGUUGAAUUGGAGAAAGAUAGCGAUGAGUUAAGCGAAGAUGUUCAGUGUGAAAUUAUGAAUCAAGACAAAGGUGAUGAUUUUAGGAAGGACAAUUGCCAAGAAAUUAUAGGAGCUGAUAAUGAGUUUAAUGAGCCUCCUGUGGUGGGUAGAGUUUUUGAGACAGCUGAAGAAGCUUAUGAUUUUUACAAUGAUUAUGCAAAAGUUAAGGGGUUCGGAAUAUGUAAGCAUUACUCUAAUAGGAGUAGAAGAACACAACAACCAUGUUUGAGGAAUUAUGUGUGCUCAAAGCAAGGUGUCAAGAAUCUAAAUGAUAAAAGAAUUGAUGUUAGCAAUGUCAAAAGGCGAAGAGAUACAAGGACUAAUUGUUUGGCGAUGUUUCAAAUAAAGUUAGUGAAUGGAUUAUGGAAAGUGGAGAAGUUCAAUAAUUCACAUAAUCAUCCAUUGAUUAACACUCCAUCAAAGGUGAACAAGUUUCCUUCUCAUAACGAUUUACAUCGCUCAAAUUUUACUAAAUCCAUUGUUUCUAAACUUCAUGGGGAGGGUUUAACGUCGUCAAAAAUCUCAAAGGUGGUGAAUGUUAUGAACAAAGAAGUUAACAUCACUUCGGAUCAAAUUAGCACUAUUAUAUCAAGCCAACAAGAUGGUACAUUAAGAAGCGUCUUUUGGGCGGAUGGUAGGUCGAGAGCUUCCUAUGGUCAAUUUAGGGAAGUCCUUGUCUUUGAUCUGACUUAUAAAAUAAACAAGCUCAAGUUUCCUUUUGCCCCUUUUGUUGGGGUUAAUCACCAUAGGCAAUCAAUUUUAUUUGCUGCUGCUUUGUUAGAGGAUGAAAUAGAGGCAACCUUUACUUGGUUGUUUAAAAAGUUUCGGACAUGCAUGUUUGAUAAGUCUCCAGUUGCUAUUAUUACUGAUCAAGACAAAGCAAUGGAGAAAGCAAUUGCUACGAUAUUUCCAGGAGCACGACAUCAAUUUUGUGCAUGGCACAUAAAAAAGCAUGUUUUGGAGCAUAGUCAAGCAUUACAUGCACAAUUUAAAGAUAGUUUUGACAUUGACUUUCGUGCAUGGUAUAAAAGUCGAAGCAUAGAUGAAUUUGAAGACAACUAA